CUUAUUACUUUCCCCCAUGCUCCCUCCUCCUCUUCAACUCUGCACAUACCCACUUCGUAAUCUGCUGCAGCUUGAGUAAUUGAGCAAAGCUUCCCAGUCAAUCAAUUAAUUCAAUGCAUUUCAACUCCAAGAAUGCUUCUUGAAUUAACGCGUAACCAUACUAAAAUUCCCAAAAAAAUGCCAACUUUAUCUCUCAUACUUCCUUUGCUUCUGAUUUCAACAGCAUUUGCCCUCAGCACCACUGCAGAACUACUAAAAUCAAGAAAACAGGAUGUAAAGCCGUCCCAUUUAUCUAAAACCAGCCAAGAAUUUAGGGGAAGGUUAAAAGAUAGCAUAAAGUUAGAGUCUUUGCAAAGAUCCCGUCUUGUACUUGCUGGAAAUACCACAAUUUUCAGUGAGAACAGGACAUUUGAGUUGGGAUUUUUCCGUACUGAUGAUGAGUCCAAAUGGUACUUGGGGAUAUGGUAUGCUUCAAUUCCAACCCCGACUUAUGUUUGGGUUGCAAACAGGGAAAAUCCCAUCAAGAAUUUUACUUCAGCUAGUGUGGAAAUCACUCAGGAUGGGAAGUUAGCUCUGAAGGAAGAAGAUUCAAGAACCAUUAUUUGGGAAAGUGACAAUCUUGAGAAAGCAAUCAAGGCAAGGCUUCUAGAGCAGGGAAAUUUAGUGCUUUACUCGAGUAAUGGUGACAAAGUUUGGCAAAGCUUUGAUUAUCCAACUGACACGUGGCUUCCUGGCAUGAACUUGACAGCAGACCAGUCGCUGACUUGUUGGAAGAGUUCCAAUGAUCCAUCACCUGGGAAGUAUUCCCUGAGAUUGAUGCCACUUGAUUACGGUGAGAUUGCUCUUGUAUAUACUAGUAAUGAUAACAAUAGUACUAAUAUUUAUUGGUCAACUGGGAAUUGGACUGGAAAUGCAUUUUCCGGGGUGCCGGAAAUGACUGUUCCUUACAUUUAUAGGUUUCAUUUUGGCAACCCCUUUACUCCUAUGGCAUCUUUUGGAUAUACUGAGGUAUCAUUGGAUAAUGGUUUGAGUCCACCUCUUACUAGGUUCCAGGUGGACCACACUGGCCAAUUGAAGCAAUUCACGUGGUCCCCUCAGAGUGAGUAUUGGAACAUGUUCUGGUCACAGCCUGAAAAUUUGUGUAGAGUUUAUGCAUUGUGUGGGAAUUUUGGGUUCUGUAAUGCUAAAUUGUUAAGUCCAUGUAGCUGCUUGAUGGGGUUUAAGCCAGUAGAUGAUGUUUCAUGGGAUGCAGGGGACUUUUCCAAUGGUUGUCGCCGCCAAAGUGGUGAUGUUUGUGGUAAGAAUGAUGGUUUUGAGGAUGCAGGUGUGGUGAGCUAUGAGGGAGCAGUGGUGUUGUCAUUUACUGGAACCAGGAGUGAGUGUGAGAAAAUGUGUAUAAGAAAUUGUUCAUGUAUUGGUUUGCAUUACAAUGAGAGAGCAAAUUUGUGCAAGAACUUGUAUGGCUCACUCCUGAAUCUUAGAAAUCUUACUUCUGAUAGCACACUCGAGGAAAAACUUUACUUAAGGGUGCCAGGAAACAACGCUGAGGUGAAGAACAAGAUGAAACUUGUACUUCUUGAAGCAAUUUGCGGGUUUUUAGUGAUUCUAGUAAUAGGAGUAAUCGUAUUGUUGUUUCUGCGGAGGAGGAGGAGGAUUAAGAAAAGGAAGCAGGAAGAGGAAGAGGAAGGUGUUUUUCCAGUGACAAAUUUGAAGGUAUUUUCCUAUAAAGAGCUUCAUGCUGCUACUAAGGGAUUCUCAGAUAAGCUUGGCCAUGGUGGCUUUGGGGCAGUGUUCCAAGGGGAACUGUCAGAUUCUACACUAGUGGCUGUGAAGAGACUUGAAAAACCAGGCGGUGGAGAGAAGGAAUUUCGUGCAGAAGUCUGCACAAUUGGGAAUAUUCAGCAUGUAAAUCUGGUUAGAUUGAGGGGGUUUUGUUCUGAAAAUUCUCAUAGGCUGCUAGUCUAUGAUUUCAUGCCAAAUGGUCCUCUCAGUGUGUAUCUGAGGCGGGAUGGUAAGAACUUGAGUUGGGAUGCCAGAUUUCGUAUAGCGAUUGGUACUGCAAGAGGCAUUGCUUAUUUACACGAGGAAUGUCGAAAUUGUAUAAUACAUUGUGAUAUUAAGCCUGAGAACAUUUUGUUAGAUGAAGAUUUCUCAGCAAAAGUGUCAGAUUUUGGGUUGGCAAAGCUGAUUGGUAGGGACUUCAGUAGAGUGUUAGCCACCAUGAGAGGAACGUGGGGAUAUGUUGCACCUGAGUGGAUCUCUGGUGUGGCGAUCACCACCAAAGCAGAUGUAUAUAGCUAUGGCAUGACUUUACUGGAAUUGCUAGGUGGCAGGCGCAAUGUAGAGGGGCCACCUUCAGCUGGUGGCGGUGGAGGGGUUGGAACAGAAAAAUGGUUUUUUCCACCUUGGGCAGCUCGUGAAAUUAUAGAAGGUAAUGUGGCUGCCGUGGUUGAUGAGAGGCUUGGCAACAUAUACAACAUAGCAGAGGCGCAGCGUGCAGCUCUGGUAGCAGUCUGGUGCAUCCAGGAUGAUGAAUCAAUUAGGCCAACAAUGGGAAUGGUGGUAAAAAUGCUGGAAGGAGUAGUUGAAGUAACAGUCCCACCACCACCAAAAUUACUUCAAGCAUUAGUAUCUGGGGAGUCAUUUCACGGUGUAGGUGUUGAUUCCAGCAGCAAGGUAUAUAAUGAUGAUGGUGGGGUUUCAGAUGAUAAUGGCCAGCUUUCCAUGAAUUCCAAGGAUUCGCGGUCAUCCGUAUGAGUUCUACGAGGCCUAGCCUCUUCAGAAAGCUUUAAAUUUUGAUGAGGUAAACUAUCACUAGAAGUUCCGUUCUUUUGCCUCUUAAAAGUGUAGAUCUUGUCAAGUUCUUUCUCUCGAAUUACCAAUGGGAGAAAUAUUGCUAAAUUCAAAGAGAAAAGAAGAAAUGCAAAUUAUUUUUUUUGA